CGCUAUACUCCAUCUAGCAGCGCGGUCGUGAUGCCCCCUGGUGACAUUGAUGAGCACCACCAGUCUGAGGCAGUGAUGGCUCCAGCAGUAGAACAGAAGGCUCAGCACCACAGAAGCGAUGCCCAACACAACGCCAUGGACAGGAGCAGCAACGUCACCACCAUGACUACCACCACUCCUGCAUCGUCCGCCACGUCGUCAUCAUCAAGUGAAAGGGGGGCGAGCCCUGUGAAAGCGGACGGUGGCGCUGGCAGGCGUGUGAAGGGCGGCGGCGCGACUUCUGCUACGACGUGUCCAUCGGUAGGCAUCACUGCCGUCCUGCAGCACCCCGACACCGUUGCGACGGCGUACUCCGGCCAUCAGCAGCGCUCCCACAACGUGGUGCCGAUCCUCGUUCACGGAAACAACGGCUUCCACUGGCGCGUGACGCGGCAUCGAAGCCGUGGUGCUGGGGCCACUGUCUCCGGAGCCGAGACCCAUCACAGCCACCCAGAUGCCCAUCGCAAGUAUCGGUGCCACCUUCACAAUGGGCAUCACCAUCGCUCCAUGGAGGGGAUCAGCAGCACAACUCCCGAGCACGGCACCGGUACACCGCGAAGCAGUCGCUACAGGUACAACAGCAGCAGCACGACGCGACAGCGAAAACAGCCGCAGCAACCGUCAAAGCACUCUCCACGCAACGCAAGCAGCGCAGAUACGCGCGGUGACGGUCACGACGGGUUCAUAAAGCACCCCGCUGAUGCCGCGAGGCAGCGGCCCGUGAGUCCAGGACACGGUGGCAAGGCACAGCGACGUGCGAUACCCCGCAACAGCAACCGAGAUGCGACCACCGCUGCGGCAGCAGCUUUCAAUAACCCGCCUGCAGGCAUCGGCGUGGUGAGUCGGUCAGCUCAUUCGCGACCCCCUCCUCCGACGCGGAGCGCCGCCGCCGUCUGGCAGGACGUAAAGCUCAUGUGGGCCCCAGCGCCAGUAUUGCAGUCCCCCUUUGCCGCCGUCUACCGCUACCACCCCCACCCAUGCCUGACUUCCUCUCAAGGACAGCAGCAGCAGUCGACGACCCGUCGAGGUGCGCCACCAUCCGCUGUCGCGGGAACAAGCGAUGAAAGCGCACGAAGCCACACACCGGGGCGUGCCGUGGGUGCAGGCGUGAGGGAGAGAGGUGCAUCACGAACUCUGACGGGGGCUGCAGGGGCCGCACCGUCGCUGCCAUCCGCGUCUGCCAUUCGCCCUACACAGCAACCGCAGCAGAAGGCGUCUGCCGCUAUACCACUCCUGUGCAUGACCGACAGCCUCAUCGGUGCCGCACUGCGCGAUGUCCUGCCCGUGUGCCGAGCUCGUCAGCGCGAGGUGGCACGUGAGGUGGCGCGUCGACGAUACCAACAUCUGCCGACAGGCAUCGGUGGUGGUGGUGGUGGUGUCGCUUCCUCGGCGACAGUGCUCUAG